CCUCUCAUCGGGUGAUACUCAUUUCAGCUUGGGGUCGUCCAAAGCCGAGAACCGAGCCUCCACUAAUUUCUUCAGUGAUUCGCACGCUGAUUUCAGCGUUCAAACGAUAAUCAAAAUAAACAAACCGCAACAAUAUCUCAAAAAUAAAUCUCACGUUUCGGGAUUAAUCAAAGACCGUACGUAAUAUGGCUAAAGCCACAAAAGCAAUUCCAAUAUGCCGACAAUCUUUGAAUCCUGAAAACUAUUACGAGUACCAGCCUAAAUUUGGUGUAUGGUUAGUUCAUUUCGAAAAUCUCAAAGAACUCUCAAUCGAAAAAGUAACAAAAAUAUUCAAAAAAUACGGAGCUGUGAAGAACGUCAGUCAGACUGGUUCCUCUCAGGGCUAUUGUUUCAUCAGUUAUUGGCACAAAAACGACGCUAAAAAUUGUGUCCUACAAAGCACCAAUGACGGAAUCAAAUUGAGAUCAUUCAGCCCUACAAUUCGCCUCAUGAAGAACAAACAAUUGUCGGAUGAUCCCGAGAUGUUUGAAGCCAUGAAGAAAAAACCAAUAAAAACAGUUAAUGUCAUUCGGACUUAUGAUAAUGAUGCUAAUAAUAAUCUUAAAACCGAGAAACCCCCUAAGAAUGAUCAGCAUAAUUAUGACAAGUAUUACGAAGCCAAGUCUGUGUUCUUUGCUAAUGCGAGAAAAUUAUCUGAAAAAGAAAUUCGGGAGUUAUUUUCAACAUAUGGAUACAUCGAGACUGUUCAGCAAACCGGGUAUCCCACUGGCUGGUGCUUUGUUAGAUUUGGAUCUGAGCAGUGUGCCAGGGAAUGUGCAAUUGAUGUUGUGAGUAAGGGAAUUAUUCAGCUAGAGGAGUUUAAGCCAGCGUCUGCUCUUAAAGUGAGGAAGCAAGAGAAGCUCACGAGGAGGGGGCUGGAGGAGUUUUCUUCUAGAUCCUUCAAUUUUGAUAAUUCAACUGUAGAGACCUUUAAGCAUCAUUCGAGCUCUGGGAGUCAAACUAUCCAAGAGAUUGAUCUAGUGAUCUCAGGGAAAUAUGAUGACGCGAUGCAGAAGAAUCGAGAGGAGAUGCUUAUGACUUUAAAAAAAAAUUCUAAAGAUCUUCCGAAGAUGGUGCAGAAGGUUAUUAUGAUCUCUGGGAAGUAUUUCUAUGUUCCUAUGAAUUCGAGGGUUCCCUGGAAGAAACUGAAGACUGUUGUGGUGGAGGACGUACGUGCUGAGGGGAUUGUUGUGGCUAAUAUUCAUGGAGCCUGUGACACUGACUUUUUUGGGAAGCUUUUUGAGGAAUAUCAACCAAUUUUUGUGACGAAGAUUAAGGAAGUUGGAGAGGGCUCGUUGAAUUACUGCCAUGUUUACGUGAAGACUGAUUCAUUCGCAAGAGCUGCGGUGGAGCAUUAUGAUAAUUUUGAUGUUUAUGGGAAGAGUCUCAUUGUUGUUAGACCGGAAUCGUUGAUUAGCGGGUAGGUCUUAGGGGGGGGGAGAGCUUUUUUAGUAUUGAAUGUUUUUCGUCGAGUGUUGAUUAUUCGUCUUUUGUUGAUAAAUAGUAGUCAUGGUGAAGGAGUUUUUACGAGUUGAAGUAUUCAGUGAGAUUAUUAUUAUGCAAAAACAAACGUUAAAAGUUUGAGGCGUAAGUGAAGGAUGGGAGUAAAUGUGAACUAUGAGCAACCGGGGCCUAUUACUUUAUAAUUUGGGAGAAACUUUCAAUUGAUGUUGAGCAGAAAUUAGUAAAUAAAUGAUUUGUAAUGUUG